CUCCGCCGCGUCCGCCACCUCAGCCCGCAACAGUUUCCCCGGCGAGGCCCAGUUUCCGACGAGCGUGCGAACCACUGCUCGUCCUCAUCCCCAGAUUUCCGGCGAGCCCGCAGCGCCGAGUUCCGCCACUUCAGCCUGAGCUUGCGACCACCUUACCUCAGCAGGCUCGCGACCCCGACGAGCAGACCACCUCAGCUCAAACCCGCAGCCC